CGCCGCCGCAGACUCAAUUCGAUCAAGCUUGACAAUUUUAUCAGCAUCGGAGGAAAUGGGCCACUGAUGAACUAGGCACUGCGUUGGCAUCUAAAUCAUUUUUUUUGUAAGAUAAACACUACCAUCAAAGCAUCCAAAAGCGUUUGCUAUUGGCUCAUGUAAUUUUAAACAUCAAAACUAAAGUCUUAAAAUGCCGAGCAAUAAAAUGGACAAAUCUGACAAGCCGGAGGUCAUGGACAACGUCAAAGUGGUUGUGCGAUGUCGCCCGCUGAACCAGAAGGAGAGAAGUAUGGGCCACAAGCAGGCGGUCAGUGUGGAUGAGAACCGAGGGACCAUAACCGUCAACAAAUUAGAGACCAACCACGAACCCCCCAAAACCUUCACAUUUGACACGGUGUUCGGACCAGACAGCAAACAGCUGGACGUUUACAAUCUGACAGCCCGACCCAUCAUAGACUCGGUAUUGGAGGGUUACAAUGGGACCAUCUUCGCGUACGGACAGACAGGGACAGGAAAGACGUUCACCAUGGAGGGUGUGAGGGCAGUGCCAGAGCUCCGAGGAAUAAUCCCCAACUCCUUCGCUCAUGUGUUCGGCCACAUCGCCAAAGCAGAGGGCGACACCCGGUUCUUAGUUCGCGUGUCUUAUCUGGAGAUUUACAAUGAAGAAGUGAGGGACCUGCUGGGGAAGGACCAGAUGCAGAGGCUAGAGGUGAAGGAGAGGCCAGAUGUGGGUGUUUACAUCAAGGACCUGUCUGGUUAUGUGGUGAACAACGCUGAUGACAUGGACAGGAUUAUGACAAUGGGGCACAAGAACCGCUCGGUUGGCUCCACCAACAUGAAUGAACACAGCUCUCGCUCUCAUGCCAUCUUCACCAUCACCAUCGAGUGCAGCGAGAAGGGUGUGGAUGGGGACCAGCACGUACGCAUGGGAAAACUCCACUUAGUGGAUCUGGCGGGUUCUGAGCGCCAGGGGAAGACGGGAGCGACUGGCCAGCGGCUGAAAGAGGCCACUAAGAUCAACCUGUCUCUGUCCACGCUGGGUAACGUCAUCUCAGCCCUGGUGGACGGGAAGAGCACCCACGUCCCCUACAGGAACUCCAAACUCACCCGCCUGCUGCAGGACUCACUGGGGGGAAACUCCAAGACCAUGAUGUGUGCGAACAUCGGCCCAGCGGACUACAACUACGACGAGACCAUCAGCACGCUGCGUUACGCCAACCGGGCCAAGAACAUCAAGAACAAAGCCCGGAUCAAUGAAGACCCCAAGGAUGCCCUGCUACGGCAGUUCCAGAAGGAGAUAGAAGACCUUAAGAAGAAACUCCAAGAAGGGGAAGAGAUCUCCGGGUCAGAGGGCAGUGGAUCAGAAGAGAUGGAUGAAGGAGAUGACGAGGGAAGAGAAGGAGGAGAGGGACGAAGGAAACGGAGAGGGAAGAAGAAGAAGGUUUCUCCUGACAAGAUGGUGGAGAUGCAGGCGAAGAUCGAGGAGGAGAGGAAGGAGCUAGAAGCCAAGCUGGACAUGGAGGAGGAGGAGAGGAACAAGGCCAGGGCAGAACUGGAGAAGAGAGAGAAGGAUCUCCUCAAAGCGCAGCAGGAGCAUCACCUGCUGCUGGAGAAGCUGUCAGCCCUGGAGAAGAAGGUGAUCGUAGGAGGGGUGGACCUCCUGGCCAAGGCUGAGGAGCAGGAGAAACUACUGCAGGAGUCUAACAAUGAGUUAGAGGAGAGACGCAGGAGGGCUGAGCAGCUCCGCAGGGAGCUAGAGGAGAAGGAGGCGGAGCGUCUGGACAUUGAGGAGAAGUACACCAGUCUGCAGGAGGAGGCUCAGGGGAAGACCAAGAAGCUGAAGAAAGUCUGGACCAUGCUGAUGGCUGCCAAGUCAGAGAUGGCCGACCUGCAGCAGGAACAUCACCGGGAGAUCGAGGGCCUGCUGGAGAAUAUCCGCCACCUCAGCAGAGAGCUACGACUGCAGAUGCUCAUCAUAGACAACUUCAUCCCACAGGAAUACCAGGAGAUGAUUGAGAAUUACGUACACUGGAAUGAGGACAUUGGGGAAUGGCAGCUGAAAUGUGUAGCCUACACUGGUAACAACAUGAGAAAACAGACCCCCGUGCCGGACAAGAAAGACAAAGAUCCGUUUGAGGUGGACCUGUCUCAUGUGUACUUGGCCUACACAGAGGAGAGUAUGAGACAGUCACUGAUGAAGCUGGAGAGGCCCAGGACCUCCAAGAGUAGUAGGUCCAAGACUGGACGAAGGAAAAGAUCAUCGAAGCCCGAGGCUGUGAUGGAAUCCCUGCUGCAGUGAGGGAGACAGGAAGAGAGCCAAUCAGGGCUGGAGCCCCAUGUACUGCAAUUCAUCUACACUACUAUACCUUAGAGUCAACAACAGCAGUCAGUCAAGAGUCCAGCCUGAAGGUCUUUAUUGUUGAACGUCGUCAUUUCAAAGUAUGUUAUCUUAAUACACUGUAUAGUAAGGUUCUACAUGUGAAUGGAGAUCAGACGUUGGUUUAUUGGUCUCAGUGAGGGAAGGAGGGAGCCCCCACUGUACUGUAGGAUUUGGGCCUUUCCCUUUAAACUGGGGGUUAACGGCCAAGUCGAAGGUACCUUGUGUUGUAAUAAACGGAGGCAUGUUGAGGGAUAAUCAGCUUAACGUUGAGUCUUAAUGUAGCCAUCGAGGACAGUUCAGGUGGCAACACACUUGAUUUCAUCCCAAAUGGCACUCUAUUUCCCUUUUUCGAGGGCACUUACUUUUGACUACGGCUCAUACGGUGUCCCAUGGGGCUCUGGUCAAAAGUAGUGCACUUAAAAGGGAAUAGGGUGCCAUUCGGGACAUAAAGAGAUGAGUCGAUGCUGAGCACAAGCCAUGGUUUGUGACCACGUCGUCAUCUGCCAAGACAACGAUGACAACAACAGUCUUCUGUUAUAUGAGAUGAAGAUGCCACCACUUCUAUUGACAGGACAUCAUUGGGAUACAUCUGAUACCCUUCAACAUAGUCAAAAUCAAAAACAGUUCUAUAAAUAAUUCAUAUCUAUACCACAGGUCAUAAUUCCCCUUAUUUCAAGGAUCACACUUAUGGAAGUCUAAAAUGUACUUUAAACUUAGUUUCCUCCUUUAUGUCUGAAUGGUAGGAGGUGCAUGACAUACCGCUUCUAUAGACCGGCUGGUUGUUUAGCAACAAUACCGACGUGUCAGCAACUAUAGGGAAAACUAUAUUUAGUCUCCAAAUGUUCUUUGAAAACAUAAAUAGAUUUGCACAAUGAGCGCUUGUUGUUGGUUAGAUAGCAAAUGUCAGCCAUUUUAGCAAAGACGUGGCAUCAGUCUCGACACCAUGUUAUUAAUAGGAAGAUGCAACAAGCUGAAACCAGCCUCAUAUGAUUCCCCACAUGGCAGCUUCUUGUCAUUGUUGCUAGCGGUCUGACCGUUCAGAAUCACAACGCCACACGAACUUCUGCCUUAUCUACGUGCGUGUCAUUUUCAUGACGUUUUCAGCUAACCCGUCUAUAUAGUAGUACCAUUUACCCAUUAAACACUAACUCUCUUAUUAUGCUUUUAUUUCUUCCUUCUCAUGUCAUCGUUUAUGGUGCAUUGUAGUGGAAGCAAAGUGUCUUUAUUUUGUAUUAUACUUGUAUGUCAAAUGUUUACAUCUACUGAGCCCCCCUGUAUCUCUUAAUAAUUUAUUAAAUUAUUGGACAUGUUUAAUCUCGCUCUUUCUUGUUCCUUUUUCAACAUCCCUCUUUUUGUUUAUUUCAGUCUCUUGAUUUGAUUUGUCUGGUUGCCGUGUGAUUUGUCUGGUUGCCGUGUGAUUUGUCUGGUUGCCGUGUGAUUUGUCUGGUUGCCGUGUGUAGCAUGUUUUAAGAUUGGAAUCAUGCUAAGUUUCUUCCACUCUAGGUUUCUUCCUGCCUUCUAAGGAGUUUUUCCUAGUCACGGUGCUUCUGCAUUGCUUGUUCUUUGGGGUUUUAGGUUGGGUAUCUGUAGAGCGCUUUGACAACUGCUGAUGUAAAAAGGGCUUUAUAAAAUAAAUGUGAAUGAUUGGUUGAUGCUAUAACGCCAUGGCACUGCCACGAA